AUGAUGGUGGUGGUGGCACUGGCAGUGGCAUUGGUCAACCUGGGCCUUGUGGCCACUGCCUUGGAGGAGGAGCCUCCGACCAUGACAGUGGACCGCGAUGUGAUUAUGCUGGUUGCAGAGGACGUACGCUUUGAACUGGACUCGGGAACGCUUACCACUAGCAUCCGAGAGCUGCACGACACUCUGCAAGACAACUUGACGGCGGAGCUCGGUGCCACACAGACCGAAUACCAGGCUUUGUUGCAAGCACUUGACGCACUGGGACGGGCUGCCGGGGCAAACUUCACGACCGUCAAUAGUCGCCUGGAGCAACUCGAUGAUAGUCUGAGCGAGAUUGUCAAUGACGCCGUGACCCCUUUGAGCCUUCGCGUGGCUGCCCUGGAGCUGGAUAGUCCCUCGGCCGCGUCGCUGAAUGGAGCUUCGCGGGAUGCCGCUGCUCGCUCUUGCCAGGGCAUCUACGAAGUAGACCCCAGCUUUUCAAACGGCACUUUCUGGCUUGAUCCCAAUGGCGGCAGCACACGUGAUGCCGUGCAGCUGACUUGCGAGCGGGCAGGCAACGUCGUUUACACCGUGGUACCAGCCAUGGAGAUCCUUCCUCUUGGACAACACUUUGGCACACCUCGUGGCGAUUCGUAUGCCAGUUUGCAGUCGGCUCUUGGCGCGGAUGCCUUUGAUUAUGGUGGCAUUCCCAUGCACCAGAUUCAGGCCCUGGCACGUCACUCCACUCGUGCCCACCAGCGUGUGCAGGUGGAUUGCAUGGGCAUUGUGACAAGUCUGUGGGACGAACGGACCUAUUACUAUGAAAACCCCAUCGUCAUGGUUGCUCUCAAUGGGGAUGUCUGGACGCUACCCACUGGCGACCAAGAAGGCUUUGACAGCCGCAUUUUUCGGCCCAACAUUGUCAUGGAUAACUGCUCCCAGAAUGGCAAUGAUGUCCUGGGUCUAUCCGUCUACGAUCUCGAGGGGCCUGCAACGGCCCUUCCCAUUGUCGAUCUCUGGAUCCACGAUCAAGGAGAUGCCAACGAGUAUGUCGGUUUUCGCAUUGGCGAAGUGCGCUUCACCGAGAAUUUUUUUGGCCCAGAGGCCCAUUAUGGCUCGCGCCUGCGGCCAGGCCGCUCCUGUCUAGACAUUUUCAUGCACGGCCAAGCCUUCAAUGACACGCUUUACGCCAUUGAUCCCAAUGGCGGCGACCCGCGCGACUACGUGAUGGCCUUUUGCAAUAUGUCGGGCGGAGGCUGGACGGGUGUCUCCGUCACCGAACAAGUGCCGUUCCGGGCUUGGAAUUCAGAAGGGGGCGGCGAUGGACAUCGCUUCUUUUCGACCCUGGACGAUGGCUUUACGAUUCCAUACAGCAUGAGAAGCAACCAGCUGUCAGCGCUUUUGGCUCUUUCUUCCGAGGCAACCCAGAUGGUUUCGGUAGACUGCAUUGAUGCCAUUGUCUAUGAGCGUGAAUCUGAUGGGUCACUCAACUUUGCUUUUAUCUUUGAGGGUUACAACGGCUUUCAGUGGCUGCAUCAAAAUGCCAACUACACGGUGUUACAUGAUGGUUGCAAGGCCAACGACUCUGUGCGCCGAGCCUCAGUGAUCUCCCUCACGGGUCAAGCUGACCGACUGCCUAUCGUCGACUUUGCCCCCUCCGACUUGUCGGGACCGAAUGAGCACAUCGGCCUCAACUUUACCUCUGUCUGGAUUCGCUGA